UGCGCCGCCCGCCCUUUGAGCGCGAUGCGGCGCCGCGCCGCCCGGGGACCCGGCCCGCCGUUCCCCCGGGCCGGGGUCCCGCCGCUGCCGCUGCUGCUGCUCGCGCUGGCCGCUCGUGGGGGCUACGCGGCGCCCGCGCCCCACGCGGAGGACCUCAGCCUGGGAGUGGAGUGGCUGAGCAGGUUUGGCUAUCUGCCCCCAGCGGACCCCGAAACAGGACAGCUGCAGACACCAGAGGAGCUAUCCAAGGCCAUCGUGGCCAUGCAGCGGUUCGGAGGCCUGGAGGCCACUGGCGUCCUAGACGAGGCCACCCUGGCGCUGAUGAAAACUCCUCGAUGUUCCCUCCCUGACCUCCCAGCCGCAGCCCCGGCUCGAAAGAGACGCCAGGCUCCAGCCCUGACCAAGUGGAACAAGAGGAACCUGUCGUGGAGGGUCCGCACUUUCCCGCGGGAUUCGCCCCUGGGCCGCGACACAGUGCGGGCACUCAUGCACUACGCACUCAAAGUCUGGAGCGACAUCACGCCCCUGAACUUCCACGAGGUGGCCGGCAGCACCGCCGACAUCCAGAUCGACUUCUCCACGGCCGACCACAACGACCGCUACCCCUUCGACGGCCCGGGCGGCACAGUGGCCCACGCCUUCUUCCCGGGCGAACACCACACCGCAGGGGACACCCACUUUGACGACGAUGAGGCUUGGACCUUCCGCUCCUCAGAUGCCCACGGCAUGGACCUGUUUGCGGUGGCUGUCCACGAGUUUGGCCACGCCAUCGGGCUGAGCCACGUGGCAGCCACUCGCUCCAUCAUGCAGCCGUACUACCAGGGCCCGGUGGGUGACCCGCUGCGCUACGGGCUCCCCUACGAGGACAGGGUGCGCGUCUGGCAGCUGUACGGCGUGCGGGAGUCGGUGUCCCCCACGGCUCAGCCGGACACCCCAGAGCCUGAGGAGCCACCCCUCCUGCCAGAGCCCCCUGACAAUCGGCCCAGCACCCCGCCCAGGAAGGACGUGCCCCACAGAUGCAGCGCCCACUUUGACGCGGUGGCCCAGAUCCGCGGUGAGGCCUUCUUCUUCAAAGGCAAGUACUUCUGGCGGCUGACCCGGGACCGCCACCUGGUGUCGCUGCAGCCGGCACAGGUGCACCGUUUCUGGCGGGGCCUGCCGCUGCACCUGGACAGCGUGGACGCCGUGUACGAGCGCACCAGUGACCACAAGAUCGUCUUCUUCAAAGGAGACAGAUACUGGGUGUUUAAGGACAAUAACGUAGAGGAAGGAUACCCGCGGCCUGUCUCGGACUUCGGCCUCCCGUCGGGCGGCGUCGAUGCCGCCUUCUCCUGGGCCCACAAUGACAAGACUUAUUUCUUUAAGGACCAGCUGUACUGGCGCUACGAUGAGCACACACGCCGCAUGGACCCCGGCCACCCAGCCCAGAGCCCCCCGUGGAGGGGUGUCCCCAGCACGCUCGACGACGCCAUGCGCUGGUCCGACGGUGCCGCCUAUUUCUUCCGCGGCAAGGAGUACUGGAAGGUGCUGGACGGCGAGCUGGAGGUGGCGCCCGGGUACCCACAGUCCACUGCUCGGGACUGGCUGGUCUGCAGAGACCUACCCGCCGACCCCGAGGGCAUGGAUGGAGAGGCCGGGGCCCACGCGCGGCCGGGACAGCGCGACCAUAGCCGCUCGGAGGAUGCCUACGAGGUCUGCUCCUGCACCUCCCUCGCCGCCCCUGCCUCGCGGGUCGCGGGCCCACCGCUGGCCGUGCUGCUAAGCUUCCUGUGGACAGCGGCCCAGGCCCUGACGCUGUGACAUUCGGUGCUGGCCUUCUGGCCAGGGCCCGGAGCUAAGAAGUGCAAGGACUGGUGCCCGCCCCUCCAGCACCCUAGGCAAGCGUGGCAGCAGAGCGGACCCCGCCUUGAGGCUGGGAACGGGCGCCCCCUAUUCCUGGGCCGAGGCCACCAGCUGCAGCCUCCCUACCUCUGGCAGAGGCCAGCAGAGGGCGCUGCUCCUCGGGCCGUGGAUGCUGGAGUAGCGCCCGCCUGGCCUUGACUGCCGGCUGUGAGCUGGGAAGACUUCUUCACGGCCCUAAUGGGGGCCGGAGCUGUCUUUUUCAGCCUGUGAGUGACGGCGUCUCAUGGAAAUUAACAGAUUAAUAUCUCACGGAGACUGACAGGAAUGGGCAGGAGUGGGGGCGUUACAUCAGGCCUCGGGGGCCCCAGCUCCGCAGGCCCUGGGAAGGGCAGCCCGGGGGUCCCACGGCCACCCCCUCCCCAUCACCAGACCGCACUGCCGCCCCUGGUGCUUCCGCCCACCCGUGGGGCUUCCUCUCCUGGUCCCUGUGGGCCUGCUGGUUGCCUUGAUGAGGGCAGCCUCCCCACACACAGGCGCGUCCCCAAGCUGGGGCCGUGGUGGUCUUGUGACGCAUUUCAAACAAACACGACCUCUUCCUGCUUGGAAACGGCUCAGACUCGGCUCCCUGAUGUGCCCAGGCGGGUGGAGAGUGGGCAGCCUCUGGGCCUGGAAGGACUCUUGCAGCCCUGACCCCAGACCACCAGCACUCUGGAGUGGAGGGGGGGGGGGCCUCCAGGAAUGCCUGUGUAGUGGUCACCAACACCUUCCUGCCCAGCACCUCCUUGACUCCUCCAUGACCAUCCCAGGUGGUUACACCCAUUUCACAGACGGACAAGUUGAGGCCCGGUUCAGGGAAACGCACCUCCUGCCAGCAGGCAGAGGUCAGGCUGGAUCAGGUCUCAGAACCUGAGGUUCUGGCACAUUGGCCCAGCCCUCCCUGACAGAUUUAGUGCCUACUUGCACGUGCAAGUACUGCAGUCAGUAUGGGACGUGCAGAACGAGACAGGUUCUUGGGUGAGGCACCUGGGAUGCCAUAUGCCACGCUGUGUGCCCCAAGGCGUGGCCCAACAGGAAGUGUGGGUAGAUGGCUUGGCUGGCCAAUCCAGGGACUCCGCUCCAUCCCGUUGCUCCUCUGCCCCAUGGCUCCAUAUUCAGGAAGGCAGCCGCAAGUCCCACCCAGAGGCAGAGAGUGCGAGCUGUACCCUCCGCCCUGCAGGGGACCUUUCCCUGAAGCCCUGGCUGCCUGCCUGCCUGCUCUCACUGGCAGGGAGUGACUUUUCCUGGGGGUGCAUAGCUGUGGGAGCAGGAUGUUCUUUGCCCAUCCCUGCAGCAGCCAUAGAUGCCCCAGGGUAGGGCACUUGACCUGAGAACCUCUGGCCUAGAAGAAUCACUAACAUCUCUUCACUGGGACUGGGGAGAGGCAAACACCUUUGGCAAAAACAGGGUUGGUCAGGCAGAGGAUAAAUAGGUGGGGGUGAGCAUUAGGCCCUAAGAUGGCGUGAAGAGACCCUGCAGGGACUGCUUUAGAGCAGGGAUCUCCAGGCCGGGUGCCCAGCUGGAAGCAUCAUCACCUGGAACCAGCAGAAACGCAGAUUCUCCGGCCUGCCUUUACCUGCUGAUCAGAAGGCUGGGGGCAGGGCCAUGUGUUACCCUACCCCCAUUCUCUAAGUGUGAACUGCUGCUUUCCAGGGGGCUCCAGAAAGGCCUCCCAGAGCAGGGGGAUGAGCAGAAACCAAGGAAGGAGGGAGGAGGAGGAGUUGGUUGUGCUGAGAUGAUAGAGAAGAGUCCAGAGUCCAGCCAGGGUGUGGGGGAAGUGGGGGGUAGGUGCAUACAUCUGGGGGUAAGAUGGGCAUGCUCCAACAGAAGAUACUCCAUCCUUUGGCCAGAGAUUUUCCAGAGGAGAGUGGGAGCCCAGGAGGGCAGGGGCAGUCUUUGUCGGGGGCUUGCAGGCUGCUGUAAGGCGUUGGGAUCCACUCCCCAUGUCAUGGGAAGUUGCCAGCCCCAGCUCUAAGGAGAGGCAGGAAUGUUCCCAUUUUCAGAAGAGAGCGCAGGCUCCUGCAGCUACUCAGCUCCUCCCCUACCUGCCGCGCAGGUAGCAGAGGUCAGCUCAGGGCCAUCCCGGGACACAUGGGCAGCAUGACGCCGCAGGCAGGCAGGCAGUCUCUAGGCCUGGCUCUGUGUUUGCUGAGCCAAGCCAGGCCGCAUCCCACAUCCAUCUGUCUGCCAUCUGGUCUCUGGACCCGGAAGGGCUCUUUGCCCGUCCGACCAGACCAGAUGGACUAAAGAUCCCUCGUGGGUGGAACAGACUGCCUUUGCUCAACAAGGGCACCUCUCCCCACACGGUCCCACUCCUUUGCAUUCUCCAGCAGCCUGUAAGGGGAGCCAGUCCUAGGCCCUUGUGCAGUUGGGGAAACGGCCCAGAUAGGGUCCCCUGGGCACACAGCCCAUGGGCCAGAGCCAGCCGUGGACCAGGUCUGCAAGAAGCCAGAUUCUCUCUUGGUGGGUGAUGGUUUUACUCUAGAGUUAAAGCCAAAAAUCAUUUUAUAAAACUUUCCCUGUAA